ACUUGGUUAUUUUCCUUUAUUGUUUAUUAUGUUUCCUUAUUUUUGUUGCCGAUUUGCAGUUGGUUAUAGUUUGCUGAAUGUCUUGGACCCUAAAUCAGCGGGUGCCAUGGUUGAAGCUAUCCAGGCUGAUGGGAACCCGACAUGGUUAGACCAGAUACGGGGUCGUUUUUUGCAUCCCACCGAUGAUAGUUUGAGCAGAUAUGCGAAUGAAGUCCUAGGUGAAGAUGUUUGGGAUGACUCUGUCGACUCGGGUCGAGAGGGAGUCAUUGUGCUUUCUAGUGGGAGUUUUGACCAGAACGUUGAAGGUCUAACCUCUCAUUGCGCGCGUGCAGGUACCGCGCAUGGUGGUGUUGCUGAGCCCGUGCAUGAGGUUGUUGGUGAUGAGGAUGAUGCAGAGGCAUCUGUUGACCCCUCUGCCCAGUUGGAGACGAGGAAGAAGGCGCGAACUGAUAGAUCUGGAAGGAGAGAGGAGAAACCUGAGGGCGAAGCUGCUGGUUCUUCUCGUAAGCGACCCUCUACUCUUCCUUAUCUAGAUUAUGUGGUAGUGUCUGAUACGUUGUCUGACCUAGGGCUUGGUGAGGUGCGUCAAGGGUCGGAUCCUGACGAUAAGGCCACUCUGACUGAGCAUAUGAAGAAAAAAGCUCUUGAUGAUCACAAGCGUCAACUUGAUGAGCAAGCUGCUGCUCUCCUUGCGGCCAAGAAGGCUAAACUUCGAAAGGAGGCCUCCCCAGCACCUUCGGAAUCUGAAAUUGACUUGGGUGUGUUUAGUGGGGGUCGUGGGAACCUUUUGGAGGAGAUUUUUGCUGCGUCUGCCCCUCUCCCUGUGCUCAAGACUAGCAAGAAACCCCGGGCGGUGGAUAUUUCUCGGAUUACUCCAUCUACUUCUCCUCCAUCGAGGACUGUUGGUCUGACCCCUCCUCGUGAUGGUGUUGAGGUGAACGUGGGGGGCGGCGAGGGGUUUGUUGAAGGUAUGUUUGAAGGAGGUGAUGCUGCUGGAGGUGACGGUGGAGGUGAUAUUGCUGGAGGUGAUGGUGGAGGUGAUAAGGGUAAAGGUAUUGAAGUGCAGGUGGAGUCUAGUGAGACUACCCCACAACAAACCAUCUACACUAAGCGUCCUCCUGGUGGGGGUGGAGCCACUUCCGGCAUCGUGCGAAGCCCGCACUUUGAGCAUAAUCCUGAUGAUUCUUGGGGUAACCCCGCUUGUGACGAUUUGCCCCACGUCCCCCGCUGGAGCCUUACUCAGGGCUCCCGGAUGGGUGACGUUAAGAAUUGUCACGAGUUUUUUUUCUUUGUUGCUUCCGCCUGCGGAGAGGAUGUUUCAGAAGAAUCGUAACCGCUUUGCCCUUAUGGACGAUCAUGUUA